UUCACAAUCUCACCACAACUGUUCAGCUGUUUAUUCUACGUUUUCUCGAUUCUGCCCCACCAAUAUCAGUAGCACCAUUAACUUUUAUUACAGUCAAUAGUCUACCUAUACACUUUUACGUUACCAUAAUAAUUUAUAAUAUCGCCAUUCCCAGAACGAAUUUCUUCAAUCAACUCAUAAAGUCGUUUUCGAUUUGUGAAAUUUGUUUUAUUUUUGUGUAAAUCAAACGACGAAAUGGCCAGACGUGGACGUUCUCCGUCGCCUGCACCCAGAAGAUCUGCAGUCCCAGCUAGAACACAGCAAUAUGCACCAGCACCACAACAUCAACCAACACAAGUAGCACCAGCUCAGCCACAACAACCUGGAUUAUUUGCCCAAAUGGCUGCCACUGCUGGAGGUGUUGCUGUUGGUUCUGCCAUUGGCCACACGGUUGGUCAUGCAGUCACUGGAAUGUUUGGUGGUGGUGGUUCCCGGGAUGAGGUCCAACCUCAAGUUCAACAAGCCCCAGUAAUGCCAAUGGAACAGAGUAGCCAGCAAGGUGGUGCUUGUGCUUUUGAAGUCAAGCAGUUUUUGCAGUGUGCACAAAACAAUGAUGAUAUUUCUUUAUGUUCUGGAUUUAAUGAGGCUAUUCGCCAAUGCAAGGAAGCUAACCGUUUAAUGUAAUAACAAUAAUUAUUUAAUGAAAAUUGUGGAAGUAGUUACAACAUUAUUAUAAACAAUGUAUUUUUAAUGUCAAAAUAUAGAAAUGUUAUUAUGCA